CAUCGUGGAGGAAAAGAAACAACACCAAAUUCGAUUUUACAUGGCUAGAAAAUAAGAUCCUUUUUGACAGAACACUUGAUUCCUAAAAUUCUCUAUCGAAACCUUACAGAAACGAGAAAACCCAAAAAAAAAGUUGGGAUUUUUUAAAAAAUCUUUGAGAUGGGCAACAAGAGACUGUUGACUGGUACAACGUCAAGCAGAGGUUAUGGUAGCGGAAGCUACAGAGAUCCUCUGUUGCAGAACCAGGACAAAACAAAAGCGAAUGGUGAGGAAACAAGCGAGAAUGGUCCAAAUGAUCUCGAGCACGGUGUAGUUGAGGCAGCAAAUGUCGGAUUUGGAAGAGUCUUCUCGUUGGCAAAGCCUGAUGCAGGGAAGCUAGUGAUUGGUACCAUUGCUUUGUUGAUAGCUUCAACAACUAAUCUCCUCGUUCCAAAAUUUGGUGGAAUGAUUAUAGACAUUGUGUCCAGAGAUGUCAAGACGCCUGAACAGCAAUCAGAAUCCAUUCGUGCUGUUAGAAACGCCGUAGUAAUCAUCUUGCUUAUCGUUGUAAUCGGAUCGUGUUGCACAGCUUUGCGAGCGUGGCUAUUUAACUCUGCCAGCGAAAGAGUUGUGGCUCGACUGAGAAAAGAUUUGUUCAAACAUCUAAUGCAUCAGGAAAUAGCAUUUUAUGAUGUCACGAAAACCGGAGAACUCUUAAUGUUGGCACUAGUAGUGGUUCCACUAAUCUCAGUUUCUGUGAAACAAUUCGGUCGAUAUCUCCGUGAACUUUCGCACAAAACUCAAGCAGCAGCUGCUGUUGCUGCAUCAAUUGCUGAGGAAUCAUUUGGCGCAAUCCGAACAGUUAGAUCUUUUGCGAAGGAAGGUUAUAUGGUAUCACAAUACUCAAAGAAAGUUGAUGAGACUCUGAAGCUAGGACUCAAACAAGCUGUUCUUGUCGGAUUGUUCUUUGGAGGACUAAACGCAGCAUUCACAUUAUCUGUUAUUACGGUUGUUAGUUAUGGAGCGUACUUAACAAUAACUGGUUCCAUGACCGUUGGAGCACUCACUUCCUUCAUUCUUUAUAGCCUCACAGUUGGUUCAUCUGUAUCUUCUUUAUCGAGUUUGUACACAACUGCAAUGAAAGCUGCAGGCGCUAGUAGACGUGUUUUUCAGAUCUUGGACCGUGUUUCUAGCAUGCCAAGUUCAGGGGAUGAGUGUCCCGUUGGCAAUCCUGAUGGAGAUGUGGAAAUAAAUGAUGUUUGGUUUGCUUAUCCUUCUCGCCCUAGUCACAUGAUACUUAAGGGAAUAUCGUUGAGGUUGACACCAGGUUCAAAAGUAGCACUUGUAGGACCAAGUGGUGGAGGAAAAACGACCAUAGCCAAUUUGAUAGAGAGAUUCUAUGAUCCUGUCAAGGGAAAGAUUUUGCUCAAUGGAGUUUCUUUGAUGCAAAUAUCCCAUCAAUACCUUCACAAACAGAUCAGCAUUGUUAGUCAAGAACCGAUUCUUUUCAACUGUUCAAUCGAAGAGAACAUCGCUUAUGGAUUCGACGGUGAAGCUAGUCCUUCAGAUGUAGAAAAUGCAUCUAAAAUGGCGAAUGCACACGAGUUCAUAGAAACGUUCCCGGAUAAGUACAAAACCGUUGUUGGAGAACGCGGAAUACGUCUCUCAGGAGGACAGAAACAGAGGAUUGCAAUCGCUAGGGCGCUUCUUACAAACCCUAGCGUCUUGCUUCUUGAUGAAGCAACAAGUGCACUAGACGCUGAAAGCGAGUAUCUUGUUCAGGAUGCGAUGGACUCGUUGAUGGCGGGAAGAACGGUUCUGGUGAUAGCUCAUAGGUUAUCGACGGUUAAGACUGCAGACUGUGUGGCGGUUAUAUCAGAUGGUCAAGUGGCUGAGAAAGGCACUCAUGAUGAGCUUUUGAGCUUAAAUGGAAUCUACACUAAUCUUGUCAAGAGGCAGCUUCAGAGCUCUUCCUCCGUAAAUGAUAAAACGAAAGAAAAUGGAGAGCAGACAAAUGAAAAUGGUCCAAAUGAUCUCGAGCAUGGUACAGCAAAUGUCGGAUUUGGGAGAGUCUUUUCAUUGGCGAAGCCCGAUGCCGGAAAGCUAGUGCUCGGUACCAUUGCUUUAUUGAUAGCUUCUACAACUAAUCUUCUCGUUCCAAAAUUUGGUGGAAUGAUUAUCGACAUUGCAUCUAGAGAUGUCAAGACGCAUGAACAGCAAGCGGAAUCCAUUCGCGCAGUUAGAAAUGCCAUCGUGUUGCACGGCUUUGCGAGCGUGGAAAUAGCAUUUUAUGAUGUUACAAAAACCGGAGAACUCUUAAGUAGACUAUCCGAAGACACCCAAAUCAUAAAAAACGCUGCUACUACGAAUCUUUCUGAAGCUCUUCGUAAUGUCACAACUGGGCUUAUUGGAGUUGGUUUCAUGUUUACAUCAUCUUGGAAAUUAACAUUGUUGGCAUUAGUAGUAGUUCCGGUAGUUUCGGUUGUUGUGAUGCACUUCGGUCGCUAUCUCCGUGAACUUUCACACACAACUCAAGCAGCAGCUGCUGAUGCUGCAUCAAUUGCUGAGGAAUCUUUUGGCGCAAUCCGAACGGUUAGAUCUUUUGCGAAGGAAGGUUAUAUGGUAUCACAAUACUCCAAAAAAGUCGAUGAGACUCUGAAGCUGGGACUCAAACAAGCUGUACUGGACGGGAUGUUCUUUGGAGGACUAAACGCAGCUUUCACAUUAUCUGUUAUUACGGUUGUUAGUUAUGGAGCGUACUUAACAAUAACUGGUUCCAUGACCGUUGGAGCACUCACUUCCUUCAUUCUUUAUAGCCUCACAGUUGGUGCAUCGGUAUCUUCUUUAUCAAGUUUGUACACAACUGCAAUGAAAGCUGCAGGCGCUAGUAGACGUGUUUUUCAGAUCUUGGACCGUGUUUCUAGCAUGCCAAAUUCAGGGGAUAAGUGUCCGGUCGGUAAUCCUGAUGGAGAUGUGGAUAUAAAAGAUGUAUCGUUUGCUUAUCCUUCUCGCCCUAGCCACAUGAUACUCAAGGGUAUAUCGUUGAGGUUGACACCAGGUUCAAAAGUUGCACUUGUUGGACCAAGUGGUGGAGGAAAAACGACCAUAGCCAAUUUGAUAGAGAGAUUCUAUGAUCCUGUCAAGGGAAAGAUUUUGCUUAAUGGAGUUUCUUUGAUGGAGGUGUCUCAUAAAUACCUUCACAAACAGAUCAGCAUUGUAAGCCAGGAGCCGGUUCUUUUCAACUGUUCCGUGGAAGAGAAUAUCGCAUAUGGAUUUGACGGUGAAGCUAGUCUUUCAUAUAUAGAAAAUGCAGCUAAAAUGGCGAAUGCGCAUGAGUUCAUAGAAACGUUCCCGGAUAAGUAUAAAACUGUUGUUGGAGAACGUGGAUUACGUCUCUCAGGAGGACAGAAACAAAGGAUCGCAAUCGCGAGGGCGCUUCUUACAAACCCUAGCGUCUUGCUUCUUGAUGAAGCAACAAGUGCACUCGACGCUGAAAGCGAAUAUCUUGUUCAGGAUGCGAUGGACUCGUUGAUGGCGGGAAGAACGGUUCUGGUGAUAGCUCAUAGGUUAUCUACGGUUAAAACUGCAGACUGUGUGGCGGUUAUAUCUGAUGGUCAAGUUGCUGAGAAAGGAACUCAUGAUGAGCUUCUCAGCUUAAAUGGAAUCUACACUAAUCUUGUCAAGAGGCAACUUCAGAGUUCUUCUUCCUUUGUAACCAACUUGUGAGAAUAUAAUUUGUCACACAACAACAACAAAGAAAUUCAUUAGACGAGGUGGAGGGUUAUGUGACAUAAAAUAAUGGUUUGUAUCAUAAUGAAAUAUUUCAUUCCAAUUAACAAAUUGGGACAUUACAUUCUCAGUGGUAAUAAUUGUGUACACAGUUCUAGACAGAGAUAUGUGGAUUUGCAUCGAUAACCGG